UAAAAGCCAUGAAUCCAGCACGGGAGUCCGCUUCUCAUGCGAUCCAUUUGAAAAACCAUCUGGACGGAACGGUUUUAUCGGAUACGCUGCACCAACAGGCUUCCUCGUCGGGCACCGAAUGUUCUAUUUCAUAUUGCUCUGGAUCAGUUGUUCGUCCAGAUAAAGCAAGUGGACUGCGGUCGACACCACCUUCGACCUCCCACGAUGAGGAAACAUUACUGCGAGAGGCCGAGGACUUCAUUGCUCAAUAUUACACAUCGUUAAAGCGUAAAGACAGUUUUGCGCAUUUCACAAGAUGGGAGGAAGUUCGCAACCAGAUUGUGUCCAGCGGAACAUAUCAGCUCAAAGAAACCGAAUUAGCAUUCGGCGCCAAAACAGCUUGGCGUAAUGCUGCGCGUUGUAUUGGACGAAUGUUUUGGAACCAGUUGCAAGUGUUUGAUGGUCGGUUCGUGCGUACUAGCCAGGAAAUAUUCCAGAUGCUGUGCGAUCAUUUGCGCUUUGCCACGAAUAACGGGAAUAUUCGUUCAACGAUCACACUUUUUCCACCCAGUGUGCCAAAUACUCCCGAUUUUCGCAUCUGGAAUUCGCAACUGAUAUCCUACGCGGGAUAUGGAACACAAAACGGCAUAAUCGGUGAUCCCCAAAAUAAGAGCUUUACGCAGAUUUGUUUGGACUUUGGUUGGAUUUCUCCAAGCAAUCAGCAUGGGAAAUUUGACAUUCUGCCUUGGGUGAUUCAAGUUGCCGGACAGGAACCUGUGUUGUUUGAUGUGCCAAAGGAUAUUAUUAUGGAGGUGAACAUAACACAUCCGGAACUCUCCUUCCUUUCCGAUAUGCAUCUGAAAUGGUAUGCCGUUCCAUGCAUUUCAAACAUGAAAUUGCAAAUUGGUGGUCUGAAAUUUCCGGCUUGUGCUUUCAAUGGAUGGUAUAUGGAUACAGAGAUUGCUUGCCGUGACCUUUGUGAUGAAAACCGGUACAACGUUUUACCGACUAUUGCUGCUAAACUGGGACUGGACUGCUCACGAAGCAGCACCAUGUGGAAGGAAAAAGCCCAAACGGAAAUGAUCGUUGCCGUUAUUCACAGCUAUCAGAAAGCGGGUGUGGUAAUGAUCGACCAUCACAAAGCCUGUGAACUUUUUGAGGAUCAUUUGCGUAACGAAACGAAGAUUCGUGGUGGAUGUCCAGCUGACUGGGUGUGGAUAGUUCCUCCAUCUGCUACCAAUCUAACUGUAUUGUUCCAUCAAGAGAUGUUGAAUUAUAAACUUUUACCUUCUUUUGAGUACCAGGAAAAUGCGUGGGAUCUUGAAAACAAUGCACUAUUUUUGGGGAAAGGGACAGGCUUUCCCGCAAUCGUGGUGCACGGUGUGUUGGAUGGGCCUUCCACCAGGGAAAAUGGAAAGAAACUGACGUUCAAGGGUCUUGUACGAAUUAUCAUCGCUGGAUUGUAUAUUAUGCGGAAAUGUAUCAAACGACGCACCCGCGUCUUGAUACUUUAUGGGUCUCAAUCUGGGCGUUCUCGACGAUUUGCAUCUAAAUUGGCGCAAUUGUUCCGCCAAGUUUUCAACGUGCGGUUAGUUGGAAUGGAUGAAUAUGAUGCGAAUGAACUUCGUUUUGAGACCAUUGUGUUAGUUGUGUCUUCCACAUUCGGCAAUGGUGAUCCUCCAGCGAUGGGAGAGGAAUUCUCUCAGCAGUUGUUUGAUCUUAAAAUGGCCUCUCUGGCAGCUGGUGCUAAAGCUUUGCGGCGCUCUAAUUCAUUCACUGGUUCUUCACUAUUCCCCAGUUUAUGGGAAAAGGAGCCGACAUCCGAAAAAGGUUUGCGGAUGCGUGUUUUUUAUUCAAACAUUAGCGAUGCCUUGCCCGGUGAUUUGUCCCCGUUUUUGCAAACAAUUCAUCCUGCACUAUCCACUGUCUUCGACAUCAUACGACCAUCCAUGGUGUACACUUCCGAUACAUCUAGUGGCAGUUCGUUUUCUACACCUGAAAGGUCACCACAGGUGAACGGCGCUACCGAGUGGUCACCGAACUCCCGACCCGUUAGAUCAGCUCCAGCCAAACUGAAUCCGAAUUACAUCAAUGAAGAAUUCCCGAUGAUAAACACUUGUUUCUCCGUGUUUGGAUUAGGGUCAUCUGCUUAUCCGAAAUUUUGUGGUUUCGCUGCAUUUGUCAAUAAUAUUUUCGGCGACUUGGGCGCUGAGCGGUUAAUGUCGUUUAAAACUGGGGACGAACUGUCGGAUCAGGAAAAAGCUUUCCAACAGUGGCAGCAAGAAAUUUUUGAGAUUUGCACGCGGCGUUUCGACGUCCAGAUUAGAAAAGCUCUGCAACUGCCGCAUGGACACGUGCAGAUGUCAACAUUAUGGUCACCUUCAAAAUUUCGUGGCACUCCUGUAAAGCGAAAACUUGUGGAGCUGCCCGAUAGCAUUAAUGUCUUGAGUCCAGGAUCUCGAAAUCUUUCUCAACUACUCGGUGGUCUUUCUUCUCUGCAUCACAAGAACGUGCAGGGAGCACUAUGCCUGGAAGUGCGUCAGUUGCUUCAACCUGAUGCCGGGCGACAGAUACUGCUAAUACGGCUGGACAUUAGUCGGUGUGAAAAUUUCUCUUACGAACCCGGCGAUCAUGUCCUCGUUUUCCCCUCUAACUCUAAAGAUAUUGUAUCCCAAAUUCUGGAUCGUUGCAUCUGGGACCUAGGUGAACUUAGCCCUUCUGCAGCAAAUCCGUUCGACAUUAUGAUGCAGCUGGAGCCAGCUAUUGAAGGAUCACCUGCAAGCACAGAAUGGAUGGACCACAACCGUCUGCCGGGACCGUUGUCCGUCCGUUUCGCUUUGACAUAUUUCUUGGAUAUCGCCCAAGCACCCAGUCAGUCUUUUCUGUUGGAAUUGGCGCAGGUUCUGGAUCCCAAGCACAUCCAUGACCGGGAAAAACUUCUGCUUAUUGCAACAGACUCCACCGCAUAUGCCGGUUGGAUUGCGGAAUCUUAUCCAACACUGUUGGAUACAUUGCAACAGUUUAGUAAUAUCAAAUGUCCCGUUUCACUGUUGUUGACCCAGUUGCCGCUGUUGGAAGCCAGAUACUAUUCUGUCAGUUCUUCAAGAAAAGCCUUUCCGAGGGAGCUGCACAUUACUGCGGAUGUGAUCGUCUUUGGUCGUAACGAUGCGUCUGGAUUCCCUCGCCUUGGACUUUGCUCAAAAUUUUGGACCGCUCUGAAACCCGGAGACAUCGUUCCUUGUGCAACAAGAGUAGCAAAUCAUUUCCGCUUACCUACUGUUAUAACUACACCCAUUAUGUUGAUCGGACCAGGAACCGGUAUCGCCCCUUUCCGCAGUUUUUGGCAAGAGCUUGGAGCUGAAAGUGUCACCAGUAAAGCUCCUCUAGAUAUUGUGCUGUAUUUCGGCUGCCGACGACCGGAUGUGGAUGAUUUUUACGCCGGCGAGUUGGAAAACGCUGUCGUGUGUGGCGGACUUCGCAAAGUAUAUAAGGCAUAUUCGCGAGAAGCUGGAAAAGGCCGUGUGUACGUGCAGGAUCUAUUGCGCCAAAACGCUCAAGACGUUUAUAGACAGUGCGUCACAAUGGGAGGUCACAUAUAUAUCUGCGGUGACGUUCGCAUGGUAACUGGCGUUCAGAAUGCGUUGUUGAAAAUUUUUCAACAAGAGGGGGGAAUAUCGGAAGCGGAAGCAAAGGAAUACCUUGUUAAAAUGACCGAAGAAAAUCGCUUCCACGAGGAUGUAUUCGGCCUGAAUUCGAAUGAAGACAGCAGCAACGGAAUUUAAAAGGGACCCGGUUUAAACUGCAAGUCAUGUGACUUGGAUCUGAUUCAGCCUCGUUAAUUUGGAAAACCCAUGUUUAUUGAAUUAAUUAAUUUGGAAAACCCAUGUUUAUUGAAUUAAUUUCUACGUAUAUGCUUUGGACCGAAUUCGUUCUGUUUUUUGUGGGUUUUAUCCGGGUUAAAAUGUUGAUUGCGAUUCAUGUCUUUCUGUUUCAUUUGCAUGCCGUCAGCCAGA